AUGGACAAUUUUGAAAGUAGUGCUGAAGAGAAUUUAACUUUAGGGAAUAGACGAGUAUAUGAACUACGAAAGAGGAACUUCCAGAGAAAUUUGGUCAAUAAUUUGAGCUACCUAGGUUAUAUCCUGAUAUCAUUGGAAUAUAUUAAGUAUGACCGUACUGUAUGGACGCUGGUUAUAAGAGGAAUGGUACAAUCUCUUAUAAGUUCCCCUUUCCCGAGUGAUGCUAAAUUGCGUCGGCUGGCAACCUUUGAUACUGACCGUAAUACGACGGGAGUUACAAACCUUCCGGGUGGCAGAUCAUUCAGGCUUCCAGGAAUGUUCGGGACAGAAAUUCUUGCCGAUGCCUCUAACGAAGCUGAGCAACAAGAGCAUGACGAUGCCGCUAUUGUAUCCAUAAAAAAGCAAAUUCGAAGGUUUUUAUUCCAUGGCUGUUUAUCGUUGAAUAUGCUCUUUAUUGUUUUGACCAUUUUAUUCCCAAUCGAUUUUUUGGAGCCAUUGGGUGGUCACGAGCCAGUGGGUGAUGGCCCUAAAAAUACUCCCUCACCCUUUUCCAAUUCGAAUGGCCUUCUUUUGGGUGAGAGAAGAGGUGGGCUUUUCUUACAAAUGAUAGGGGAACGAUUACCAAAAAGUAAUUUUUCCGGAAACCUUGGACUAGUAAUGUUCGAAUUUAGCAUACUUAUAGUACAAUUCACAUUAUUUUCAUUAACGUGUGUUGUAUUGGCGGAUUUGGAUUUACAAGAGCCGGAAAAACUGGAUUCUAUGAAAAGUGACGGGUAUGAUGGUUCCGUAGUAGUUGCUCGAAUACCUUUAAAUAAAACUUUGAGUACUGUUCUGGAUGACGGUAGAUAUAUUGAUGAGAAUGCAAAUAGUUUGGGAUACACGCACGGAUUUGAUGGAUAA